UCCUGUUACAAAAGUAAGGCGGCUUGCACUGGAUCCAACCUUGUGCCGUGAUGUCCUCUCCCUAAGUCAGAAGUGGCGUGUACCUGAUACCAAGCUGUGGUUGCUAGCCCAGGGGCCGUUGUCAUGUCGAGUUCAUAUUUCAUCUUUAUAGUUCUCUGUGGACUCUUUCAUUACGGGUCCACAAUAAUGUGUUAUGAGUGCAACAGUGCAAUAAAUUCUCUAUGCCUUGAAGCCAAGCUGCCAGAUAGCUUGAAGAAGAACUGCUCCGACCAUGACCGCGGCGUCACUCACACACUCUGCCGGAAGAUAGUCCAGCAUGUGGACUAUGGAGUCAAUGGAAGACUACCUGAGAGCAGGGUCAUCAGAAGCUGCGGAUGGGAUGAGAGUAAAUUUAAAGGUCAAUGUUACCACAGAGCUGGUUACGGGGGCAGACAGGAAGUGUGCUCCUGUCUGACAGACUACUGCAACGGUGCUAAAGGGACCACGGCCUCUACCACCUUUCUCACCACUGCCAUCAUGUUCAUCGGUAGUAUCAUCUGCCAAUAAGAUUAGCUCGAGU